AUGAUGGGCGGAAGGACCAGCGCGUUGGCCGCGGGGGUGUGCGGGGCUCUGUUUGUCGGAUACUGCAUCUACUUCGACAGGAAAAGACGGAGUGACCCCAACUUCAAGAACAGGCUGCGGGAGCGUGAGUGUUGACCUCUUCUCCCUCCUCCUUCAGCGGGCCUUCGGGCUCCGAUCCGGUCCGGUCCGGUGGGGUUCGGUUCUGCUGGGCUCGGUUCCGUUCGGAUUGGCGUGUCAGUCAACGUUGUGACCGUUUUUGACGGCUAAAAUGCCCUGCGGUGCCUCUCCAUGCGACUCAUACUGGCUAGUUUUUUUUAACGCUUUAAUAACAAAACCCCUUUAGAUUUUACGCAAAGUGAAGUUUUAUCCUCAAAAUAACGAUCUAACAUGCUCAACAGAGUCAGUUUGGGACGUUAAUAAGAAUCCGCAGAGUAUUCAGGUUAAUUCGGCUUAAAGUAGAUCAAAUAAUUAGCCACCUUUUCAGGACAGAGCCAUGAUUGUAAGUCAUAUGUUUUUCCUCCACAAAGUUUCAAUGUGUGCUCAUUUUUUAUUGAUCUUCGAUCUUCAGAAACAGAUCUUGGAAGUCAUUUAGUUUCUGCAUAUAGCAUUGAAAAUGGAUGAACUAUUUAUCUGUGAUUCUCAGGAUGUUGGGCGACAUUAUGGGGCGUUAUAACAGUUCCAGGUCCACAUCUCUACAUAUCUGUAAACUACUAAAUGAUAAAAUAGGCUGAUGCCUUAUUUCCCCCUUUUGCCUCAGUGCAGCAGGUUGACACUGACGUGCUGUCUCUCUGUGAAAUGUAACCUGUUGGCUGACUGUUUUUGUGUUAUUGUUGGCCUGGUAGGUUAUUUAAUAUGUAAGGCUUCUUGGGUCUUCAGUCUGAUCAUAGUUUAGUGGUCUGUAGUCUUUACAGCCUGGAACCUAAAACAGGACUGGAGGAGUUUUUCUCAGAUUUUCUGGAAUUUCUCAAAUAAUCAUGUCAGCCCUUCAUUUAUAUCCUGGCUUGUUUGUUUGUUAGUUAAUUGAUUUGUCUGUGAUGUUUGUCUGAUGUCUCCUCACAGUGCCUCCAAAACGUCAUUUAUUUCUGAACACACUCAGCAUGAUGUUUGUCCAUUUGCCUGUGGGUUGGUUGUUUUGUUAGUCAUUCAUGUACUUUUUUGGUCCAAUUUUGGUCCAGUUUAUUUCUUUCUCCCCUUCCCUUUUCUUUUUUUUUUUUUGUCUUUACUUCCUCGUCAUGCACUGCCAAGAUAACAGCUACUCUUCCUGGGAUACACAAUUACCUGCCUACCCUAAACACUGUAAACACUUGAAGUUUGUAGUUUUAUGAGGCCUAUUUCCUUCAACUGUAUUUGGCUGAUCAGCUUUUUUAUGUGUGUAAUUUUAGUUCAGCAGGUAAACUUUGGUAUCUGAUGGUUUGCUCGUGUCUAUUUUGUGUUUUCGAUACAGGGAGGAGAAAGCAGAAGGUUGCCAAAGAGAGGGCGGGCCUUGCAAAGGUAAACACAUUGUCAUCAUCAUAAUGAUAAAAUGUAUUAACAUAGCACUUUUCAAAACAGGGUCAAAAAGUGUUUUACAAAUCACUGUAGAGAUGAAACAAACUAAUAAGUAUAAAAGAGAUUCAUGGUGGUGCUUGUACUUAGUGUGACAUUUUAAUAAGUUCACAAGAGUUUAGUUUAUUGUGAGAGAACUGAUUAUGUUCAGAAACUGUGACUCCAGAGGAAACAGAAAUAAAAUGUAGAAAUCAGUGUGAGCAGCUGUACGAUCUGCUUUCUGUAUCUGAAUGUUUUUUUUUUUUUUGUACUUCAGCUUCCAGACCUGAAGGAUGCUGAGGCAGUACAGAAGUUCUUCCUGGAGGAGAUCCAGCUAGGAGAGGAGCUGCUGGCUCAGGGUAAUUUUUCAGCAUUAGAUUUAAAAGGUUAAGUAGUGUAAGUAAGAAGAAAUUACAGGCAGACAAGAGCUACUCAAAUUGAUGAGCAGAUCCCUGUGAGGAACAAAGUAAGCCCAACGUUUACCAGAAUUCAUCUGUAGUGACUGCUUUCCUUAACAAAAGUCGCUGUGGUUUAGGUGCGCUUGGAUCUGUGACUCACUAAUUCAUUCAGUCCGCUUGAGUGUUAAAGGUGAUUUAUUGUUCAAAAGUAGAAAAAAAAAAAAAAAACUUAAAAUCUAACACUGAUCCAGGUCCAAACUUUUGCCUUUAUAUGAAAAGCUGAUAUGAUAGAAAUGAGGAUAGAAGAAUAAGUGAAAAACAGUCAACAGAAAAUUAUCAGAGCUCACUAAACUCCAUUGUCUCUGACUACACCAGUGUUUUUAAAUAACCCACCAAACGUCCCAAAACCACACCCCUCAGUGUCGAUCCAUGUAAGUGACAUAUCUGUAAGAAAUCAUACCCUCAACAAAUAUGUUUUGGCUCCUACACAUCAUUUGUCAUUUAAAAUCAAGAAACAUGACUCUGUAGCAUGGCAACAGUGGAGGAGGUUUCCAGAGGGCUUGGUUCUAGAAUGCUUUGAAGUGUCUUAAAGAGACAGUAGCUGAAAUGACACGUUUCAGACUGAGGCUGAAAAGAAGGUUUCCAAAGACAAUUACAGAAAAAGAGUUUGUUUUUCUUUAGCUGUAAAUCAUUUAGCAAAGCUAUCAGAGGAACAAAAUGAACCCUUUCCUUAAACUUAAACUGGUUUCUGUGAAGACUAAAUCUUUUCUCUGUCUUCUGCGCUAAAGGAGACUAUGAGAAAGGUGUGGACCACCUGACCAAUGCCAUAGCGGUGUGUGGUCAGCCCCAGCAGCUGCUGCAGGUGUUGCAACAGACUCUGCCGCCUCCUGUCUUCCAGAUGCUGCUCACCAAACUGCCCACCAUCAGCCAGGUGAGACAAUCAGACACCUGAACUCUCCUAACACUGUCUGCAUGAUCAGCUUGUCUUCAUCCCCCUGUCUAUUUCCGACAUGCUCUUGACACUCUGCUCUCUGCCCUGCAGCGUAUCGUGAGUGCACAGAGUCUGAGCGAGGAUGAUAUAGAAUAA